AUGGACACGUUUAUGACAAUCUUGAACAUCGCCAACCAACAGUCCACCCUCGGGUUUGGGGUUGUGGCCCUGCUAACAGCUGGAGGGGAGCAUAUCUUCUCCACGGUGGCCUUCAAGUGUCCCUGCAACUCAUACUUCAACUUUGUUUACGGAAUGGUGUUCUUGCUGGUGCCCGCUUUGGCCCUGCUGCUGCUUGGGUACAUCCUCAAUAAGAAGACCUGGAAGCUGAUCACAGGUCUGUGCAGGUCAGGAGAGCGAUCGUGCGGAUGCAAGAAAAUGUUUACAACAGUGUACGUCCUUUUCCAGAUCACCGCCUCUGCACUGGUGGCCCCAGCCUCCUGGAUCGCUGUGGCUCUGCUCAGCGGGAAGUACUUUGAGUGCGCAAUGACCGGGACCAACGUAAACAGCUACUAUAGCCACCUGUGUGAAGGCACGUCUGAUGUGGAGAAAUGUCAGAAGGAGCUGUUCAGGUUCCCCUGUAGACAGGAGAAGGAGGUUCCGGAGGAGGAGGCUGACCGGGAUAAAGUGUUGCUCACUCUCAAGGCUCACUCUCAGGUCAGUAAAUGCACUUCUGAGUGCACGUUAACACACCACUGACAACGAGGAAACUUGAUCAUUAGCGACUGCAAAAAUGAGCGUGAAAGAAAAGAUUAUAGCACGUAACUAUAAAACAGUGGAGUCAAAUUGUAUGAUAACCCUUGCAAUAUCACAGUGAAGACAUAUUUUUCACUUCAGCUGCAUAGCAGUGGUAAAAGGAGAACUCAAAGUGACGAUGUGCGGUCAAGGGGCGCUCAAGUGUUAAUAUCUGCAGGACUGCAACACUGAUCGAUCUCAAACCUGGUGGAAAGUUAGCAUGUCUCACAGUUUCACUAAUUGUUUAUGUUAUGCAAAUGUGGCACGUACGUAAAAGUCUUCAGUGUCCCCCUUAAUCCAGAAAUGAAGUCUCUGAUCGUUCCUGCCGUGCAGAGUGAUUCCUUAAAAAAUAUGAUGAGCAAUGCCUUGAGACAACUCUUUGAUCUGUGUAAUCUGUGAGUGAAGGGUGCUACACACAGAGGGCUUUUUUAAGAAAUAUGAGGCCUGUUAACAUGGAAAUUUGAGUUUGAGUCAUUAAAACGUUCCUAAUUUGCACAACAUGCACAAAAAUGAAAUUUAAGAAGCAAAUUCUGUGAACAGCACAGUAAUGCUGAUCUUUCACAUUCACUUUUGGUUUUAGCAGUGGUGUAACAUUAUGGUGAUAGGCCCCAGUGCAAAAAUUUUUCUGUGCCCCUACCCCUGCCCUUAACAAAAGCGCACACGCAUGCGCAGCCACCAUAGAGAACAGCUAUUGUUGCCAUGUAGGCUGACACCCUGAACACUGCCCGCAGAACCAAAGCACAGCACCCUGGGGCGCCCUGGAGUGGAGGCGCACGUUGCAGCGCUUCAGUUCGGUAUCUGUUCUAUUUUUAAUGCGAGCCGUGUGCUGUUGUCAAGCUGGAUAGACCAGUUCAUACCAGACAGGAAGUCAGGCACAGCAAAAAGGCGAGAGAAUCCGUUUAAUUUUCAAAAUAGAAUAAUUAAAUGGUGAUUAAUUAAGUUGUUGCUCAUUAGUCUAUACUGGUAAUAUUUGUCAGCUGCAUCUGCACACGACACACAGGAGAAACAUGCUCCCUUUACGACCAGCCAAGGACCUGGUCGUGCACUGCGCUGCCACUCCCGCUCCACUUCCACACCCUGCAAAGCAGCCUUUAAGCACCACAGACAGUGACCAGAGAUACAUAUCGACACUUUACCUACCAGCCUGCCCUUUUGACCGGGAGCAUACGUCAGUCCGACUGCCCAUCUCUAUGACUACCCAUUAAUCCAACUUUUCUAGACCCACUGGCCCGACUGCCCAUUGCAAUAAUUCCUAUAUUCUGACCUGGGCCAUAUGUGAUAAUUCCGAUUUUGGACUGGACCUUUCUUUCUUUGUUUUUGUUUUUUUUUUGCCACCGGUGCCCCAGUUUGUGUCAUUUUGUGGAGCAGUAAGGCUAAAUAUGUCUGCUGCUUUACUCUGCUCAUACUGCUCUCAUGCUCCCUUUUCCUGUGCCACAAAGAAAAACUCCACUUCCCUGCCUGCCACUUCUUUCUGCAAUUUUGAUGCACAUUUUUUUUCACCAGUUUCCAUCUUAUUUGUAUCACAACCAAGAAGCAAAUGUUUAUUAGAGCAGCAAAAAGACAUGCGCAAUAGUAAACCACAUGCAUUAAGUUCUCAACUCAGCUGUCAUAAACUGGAGGAAAAAAAUAUACACAAACAGAAAAGCCGGUGGCAAAAAGAAAAAGCGGCAGAGCCGGUUGCGCCACAACAUUGUGGAGGAAAUGCAUCCACCGAGGGCGAUUUUACUUCUUUCUUUUUCUCCCUCAUCAUGGGCCCCUGGCGGCGUCUGGGCCCCGGUGCAGCUGCACCGGUUGCACCACCAAUAUUUACGCCUGUGGUUUUUAGGAACUCAAGUCCACAAAUCCAGUGUUUGGAGGGUUAAUAGUCUGUUGUCAGGCUCAAAGGAAAACCACUUCCUGUUGUCAGAGACUUUCACAUCAGGUGACUGAAAUCUGAUUUACUCUUGAAGGUGGUCUCUGUAAAAUCUGUCAUUGCUUUAAAACGGACGUGAAAACAUGGAAACAAGUCACUUUUUGAAAGGUCAAGACAGGUUUAAAGUUCCUGAAUGAGGGUCAAGUCUGAAUACAAUACAUGAAUUAUUAUUAAUAAUAUUAAUCCAAAAUAUCAGAAAGCUUCUCCUGACUAUCACAUGAAGAUUAUAUGUACUUCAAACAUGUGUUUAUGCUCCUCAUUAGUCUUUUGUCUGCCUGUGUAUCUCCUUCAGUCUUCCCCUUCUACUGUCAGCGAUCAAGGUGAGUUCAGCCUCUCACAGCCCAGGGCUGAUAACAUUUCCUUCUCUUUGCAUUGGCUGGCUACACACACACUCACCCCACUCACACUUACACAUGCAGGCAGACAUACACAAAGCUAAACAAGUGUCAUCCUGCCACCCAUCAUCCUUAACUGUAGUUAACGCUGCCAUGAUCAGAGGUUCUCUGAAACUUCCCUGUUGCUUCUGCACUCAAAUGUGAAGGAGGGUCAUGGGAAAAGGGAUCGGGAGUGGAGGACAGAAUGCUGAUGGGCAGCAGGAAAUAACAAAAAUGAUGAUGAAGAGUAAAAAUGACAGAGAAGAAUGUGGGUUCCGGUGUGAGGUAAAAAUGAAGAGAGCAGGAAACAGAAUUCUAAUUUUAAUUUCAGAAUUCAGACCCUAAUCUCAAAACACUGACUUUACUCUAAAAAUCCCGAUUUAAAUCUCAGAAAUCUGAUGUCAAACUUCAAAUUCUACUUUAAGCUCAUAAUUGUAAAACCUCUCUAAAUCUUCCUUCAUGAUUCAAAGGAAUUUAAUAAAUGAGAAAAACAUUUGGUGCAUAAGCUUUCUUAAGGGAUCUCAAUUUUCUGCUGUCUUUCUGGUGUCCACAGAUUCUGGGUUGGCUCCUCAUUGCCUCCAUCAUGUUGUUCAACCUGCUGCUGACCUGCCUGGGCCGUUGCACCUCUCCAAUCAGCUACCUGCAGCUCAAGUUCUGGGGGGUCUACGCCCGGGAGGAAAGCUGUCUGAUCGACUCUUACACCACCAAACAUGCCAAAGAGCUUGCUGAGAGGAACGUGAAGAGCUUCUUUACAAUAAGAUCACCUGAUGGCAUCCAAACCCCAUCUAACAAAGACUGGGAGAGGAUCUCCUCCCUGUUCAAGUUCAGCUCCAAAAAACAGUACUACAGCACCCUGCACCGCUGUGUUGAGAACCCCGAGGAGUUGGACAGCGGGAAGGUGAGGAUGCAGUCAGUCAGGUCGACUGACUCAGCGACGGUCGACCCUCUCUCCCCGGGAUUUUGUGAAUGA